AUGGUUCUUUUGCUCGUUCAAGGUUCACACAACAGCCGGAUGGCCCUCAUGGCCACAUCUCGCCUUGCAAGUCAAUUUGGCCACAGGCAAUCGUGCGCCAUCACCCGUGCCAUGAGUACACAUGUGGCACGUGCGAUACUGUUGCCCUCCGACCUGGCAACGGUUUCGACAAAUGACAAACCACCGCCUCUGUUGCAACGGCUCCAACUUAAUGCGGCUACUUUGAUGCAGCUGCAGACUCAAAUCCAAAGCCUUGGAAACGGUCCUAGUAACCAGCGCGAUGCUUUCUACGUUGUAGACACGGCUGCUGUCGAGGACCGCUACAAACUCUGGCACAAGUACCUACCUGAUGUACGGCCUUAUUAUGCCGUUAAGUGCAAUCCGGACCCGGUACUCAUUGAAGGCCUCGCUCGCCUUGGAGCAGGCUUUGACUGUGCUAGCCAGACGGAAAUCAGUUCGGUGCUUGCCAGUGGUGUUGCAGCAAGCGAUAUUGUUUACGCCAACCCGUGCAAACAAGGCUCACAGAUUGCCUAUGCUCAAGAUAAUGGGGUGGACAUGAUGACAUUUGACUCACAAGACGAACUUGUCAAGAUCCAUACUAUUAGUCCCAAUGCAAAGCUUGUGCUGCGACUUUAUGUUGAUGACUCUAACUCCAUCUGUCGACUUGGUACCAAGUUUGGAGCCAUGGUGCAUGAUGUCCCCGACAUCUUGAACUAUGCUAAGGCUUUGAACCUUGAUGUCAUUGGAGUCAGUUUUCACGUCGGCAGUGGUUGUUUCAAGGUUGAGGCUUAUUCGAACGCUGUGGCAAGCGCUCGCAAAGUUUUUGACAUUGGCCAUUCACUAGGCUUCAAGUUCAAGCUACUGGACAUUGGUGGCGGCUUUCCUGGAACCGAGAAUGCCCCAAUUCGCUUCGAGGACUGCGCUCGCGCGCUCAAGAAGUCUCUGGUCAUUCACUUCCCACGCGAUAGCGGUGUGCGGGUUAUUUCGGAGCCCGGCCGCUUCUUUGCGGCGUCCACCCACACGCUUGCUGUCAACGUCGUUGGACGCAAAGCGGCUCCCACUUUCAAUGUCCCCGGCCAGCCACCUGUGCUUGCUAGUGCUGCCGCUGUUGCGGGGCAAGUACCCAACUAUAUGUAUUUUGUGAACGAUGGUUUAUACGCCUCGUUUAACUGCAUGGUUUACGACCACCCAUCGAUUCAGCCUGUGAUCAUGUCGGAUGCCGCCUCGGCAGACUCCACUCCGAUGUACAAGGCUAGUAUUUGGGGCCCAACCUGUGACGGCAUGGACUGCAUCAUGAAGGAGGUGGAGAUGCCAGUGUUGAACACAGGGCAGUGGAUUUUGUUCCCCAGCAUGGGCGCCUACACAUGCGCUGCCGGCUCGGACUUUAACGGCUUUCAGCGCCCUCAGAAAAUUUACUUCGACUCAAACUACGUGGCAGAUGAUCAGCAGCAGUUUGUGCACUAG